UCGUCAAACCAAAGUUGUAUUCUUAGUAGUGAAGAUCGAUAUGUUCACGCAGGCAAUUCUAUUCAUCUGCCUUGCAACCCUUUCACAAGCAAAGCCAGGAGGACUAUAUGGAGGAUAUCAUGCAAGUCCAGUAUCAUACACUUACGCUGCGGCUUCACCGGUAGUGAAAUCUCUUAGUUACUCAGCCGCUCCAAUCUAUCAUCCUCCAGCAGCCCCUGCAGUCAUAUCUGCUCCUGCUCCAGUUUACGCUCAGGCCGCACCAAUUAUACAAGCUGCUCCGGCACCAGCCGUUGUCGCUGCCCCUGCCCCGACCUAUGUAGCAGCCCCUGCUCCUGCUCCAGUUGCUUAUGCUGCUCCUGCUCGAAUUGCGUAUGCUGCUCCAGCUCCGGCGCCUGUCGCUAUUGCAGCACCUGCACCUGCUCCAAUAGCUAUCGCUGCUCCUGCACCUGCUCCAAUAGCUUACGCUGCUCCUGCACCAGUAGCUGUAGCGGCCCCGGCACCAAUAGCAGUUGCAGCUCCAGCACCGAUAGCCGUGGCAGCACCCAAAUAUUAUGCCGCACCUGCUCCGGCACCCGUUGUUAUCCAAACUCCAGCACCGGUCGUUCAAGCUGCACCUAUUGUGAAACAAGUAGUUGCCGCAGCACCAGUCGUGAAAGCUAUUGUCCCGGAACCUUAUGACCCCAAUCCUCAGUACAGUUUCAGUUACGGUGUCACCGACCCCCAUACUGGAGACUCUAAGCAUGCCACUGAAUCAUUGGUCAAUGGAGUUGUGCACGGCAGCUAUUCUGUUGCCGAACCUGACGGAUCAAUCAGAAAGGUUACUUACACUGCUGACAAAAUUAACGGCUUCAACGCGAUUGUUGAAAAGCAAGGUGGGGCAAUUGCCGUCAAAGCUGUAGCUCCAGCUGCAAUCGUCAAAGCAGCCCCCGUGGCAGUAGUUAAGGCAGCUCCUGUUGCGGUUGCAGCUCCUGUCCAACCCAUCUAUCAUGCCGCACCUGUUGCCCACAUAGCACCUGCCAUAUCAUCAUAUGUGAAAGCUUAUUCUCCAUCUAUAGGCUAUCAUCAUUACGACAAUGUUGACGCAAUAAAGUAUUUGCGGAAAGCAUACGGUGGCACGCAAACGGUAACCAUCAACUUGUCAGCUAUUCGGGCAAACAAGUUGCUGGAAGCUGGCAAAGUCAAGAUCGGAUGGGUUAUUUGUAGGAUUCGGGAGAAAAUAUCUCCCGUAAUACGAAGAAUCAAAUGCAGUGAUCACCGCAAUCCUGUCAUCAAAUCUGAUCAUUUCACCAAAACAAUCUGCAGAAGGAGAAAGGGCGACAAAAAGUCCUGCCAAACUGGUCCGCCAGGUUUGUAUCAGUCUUACAGAACAGACAUGGCACUUAAGAUUUGCAUAUUGGCUGCCAUCGUAGCAGUUAGUCAAGCAGUGGUUGUACCAGCACCCCUAGCCUACGGACAUGGACCAGUAUUAGCCCCAGCGUAUGGACCAGCCAUUGCCAAAGUAGCAGCACCAGUUGUCGCCAAAGUUGCUGAUGACUAUGAUCCAAACCCACAAUACAGCUACAGCUACGAUAUUCAUGAUGCUAUCACUGGGGAUGCCAAGAGUCAAUCAGAAACUCGUUCCGGAGAUGUUGUACAAGGAGCAUAUUCACUAGUUGAACCAGACGGCACACGACGAGUUGUGGAAUAUACCGCCGAUCCCGUCAAUGGAUUCAAUGCUGUCGUCCAUAAGGAACCAGUCGCUACAAAAGUAGUUGCACCAAUAGCUCCAAUUGCCAAGAUUGCUGCUCCAUUCGGUAUUGCCCCUGUAGCCAAGAUUGCUGCACCAGCAUAUCCUGCCUACUAUCACGGUUAGAUCAUUGGAACAUAAAACGGUAGAAGAUAUUGUCAAUCUUAAGGAAUUGUUUAAAGAUCAACCAACAUCCACCUCAUUAUAAAAAGAAUUUCAUAUUGACAUACACUCGUAAGAAUUAUAUUGUUGACCUGAACUCUCACGCGCUUGCCUAAAUGGAUUAUCGAGUCCGUCUUUGCGUCAUGUUGUAUUAUAAAUGAUGAGAAAAUAUUUUUAUACUAUUUUCAAAUCAUUGACUAUAUUUAUAAUUGUAUAAUUGCAUAUAUAAUUGUUAAGGCUGUUUGACCGCGAUAAAUGUAAUACAUAUUAUAAUGUGUGCAAAUUAAAA